GCGCCGGCUACCGGCGGAUCCCUCCUUCGCCGCCCUGAGUUGUUUCAGUUCGUGGCCUGCGGGCCGGGGGUGUGUCAUUUGUCUGCUUGCCACAACUUUACUUCCGCAAACUAUUCCCGUGAGAAACGUCGCUGUAUUAUAGAACAAGUGGCCGUAUGUCAGUCACUUCUUUUUAAGUUAUCGGGUGAAAGGAGGUUCAGAGAGACGGAAAACGCCUUCACCAAGUCCGCAACUCGGCAAUAUGUGGAGUCCAGUAACACGUAUCACAGUGGAGUACGACGCGGUGAAUGAAGAGGGAACUUUCUCGUGCGGGGACGAGCUGUCGGGCCGCGUCCUGCUGCUCUUGUCCAAAGACGCCAAGAUAAAGGAUCUCUGGGUGAAAGCGACCGGACAGGCUUUGGUGCACUGGAGCGAGGGCUCCGGCGAUGACCAGAGAACCUACAGUGCCAGGGAGAAGUACUUCAAGCUCAAGCAGCAGGUUGCUGGUCCGGAGAAGGGCAAAAAGGUUGUCCUGGCUGCUGGGAGCCAUGUUUUCCCGUUUACGUUUCAGAUUCCCCAAGGGAACAUGCCAUCUUCCUUUAAAGGAGCUCAUGGAAAAGUGGAAUACAAGCUGGAGGCAAAGCUGAGCAGGUCUUGGAGGUUACCGAGUAAUGCAGCAUCUGAGUUCACCUUUGUUUCGAAGCCAGAGAUGAGCCUGGCACAGCUAAUGUCACCCCAGCAUGGCACUGUCACAAAGAAGAUGAAAGUUUUCACCUCUGGAAAUGUCACCAUCAACAUGAAUAUGGAGCAGAUGGCUUACUGGCCAGGCUUACAGGCGGCCCGUGCUGGUCAGGCUUACAGGCGGCCCGUGCUGGUCAGGCUUGCAGGCAGCGGGAGCUACCUGCAUGAGAAGCUGUCAGCCAGCAUCCACUGGCCCGGAGCUGAGCGACAGCUGGAUCUGCUUCAUGCCGACGCUCCCAGAGGGCAGCACAGCUUGGGCUAUGAACCAGUGAAGUUGCCCAUAUGUGACAUAGGGCAAGACAGGAAGCCAGCGGUCCAGCUGCCCCUGGCACUGUCAUGA